AUGCAUGCCCCUCAUAUACGUCUUGGCCUCUCUUUGAUUUUCACCUUCAAGCGUUUCAAUAGCUAUAUCACGCUUUAUGAGUCUUUUGUGAAGAUUCGGUUUUAUCCUUUUGCUCCUCACUUCCUGCUUUGUGCUACAAUUAAACAGCUAGAUGUAACUUUUCGACAUACGUUGCAGGAAAGUGGGGCGUUCGUUUAUGGGAUUUUAAGUUCUAUGGAUAAAAUUUCAAAUGGAGUAGUCUUACAAUUAGUCGAGCUUUUCAGUCCCCCUAUCUGCACGACUGAUGGGAAGGUAGUUGACUGUUCGAGUUUUUACCAUGUGGUCGUUGUUAUUGUACCAGGAAGUUUUUUAAUCGUUGCUGUUAUUGUACUUAUUUCUUUGGUUGUAACUGAAAAAUGCAGUUUUUCAUCGCAGCAGGAAGAAUCUUUAGCUCGAAAUGAACAGUCACUUGAAGAUUCAUUGCCGAAUGGUAGUGUAACUGAAGAACCACAUAAAAGAUAA